AUGGUAGUCCCAGUUUGGUUGUCACAUCGAUCAGCACCUGACGAGAGGAUGGUCUAUGCUCUUCUCGAUACCGAAUCAGAUACAUCGUUCAUCCUUGAGUCCACCAAGACUGCGAUGGGACUGAAAGGUGUCAAGGUAAACCUCUUCCACUCUACAAUGACCAGCAAAGACGAGAGAAUCCCCAGUGAGAGAAUCGAAGGACUUGCUGUUCGUGCUCACAACAGCGAUAAGAAGAUCCCCCUCCCUGCGACCUACUCAAGAAACAUCAUGCCUGCGAACAGAAGUCACAUCCCUAAUCCUGAUAUGGCAAGCUCACAUGCACACCUCUCGCGACUACAGGAGCACCUGCUCCCAGUACAGCCAUGUGAGAUCGGUCUUCUUAUUGGAUAUGACUGCACGAAAGCCUUGGCCCCACGGCAAGUUAUCCCACCAGUUGAUGACGGGCCUUAUGGUCUGAAAACAGACUUGGGAUGGAGCAUUGUUGGUGUGAUGAAGCCUGAUGAGUACGAGAGCUGUGUAGACGACAAGAUCGGCUUCAGUCAUCGUUUGACAGCCUACGAACUUCCAGCAGACCUGACCCACAACUGCGAAACUACAAAGAGUCAAGUGGUGUUCACCCAAGGUAUAACAGCAAAGGAAGAAAUAAGCCCCCUUCAAGUUACACGCUUGCUGGAAGCUGACUCUUGUGAAGCAAGGGAUGACAACUCAUCAUUUUCACAGAAUGAUGUCCGGUUUCUGAGCAUUAUGAAGGAGACCAUCCACCUCACAGAAGAUGGCCACUAUGAGACAGCAUUGCCUUUCAAGAACUGUGAACCCAACCUACCAAACAACAAGUUCAUGGCGAGCAAGAGACUUGGACACCUUAGAAGCAAAUUUGAACGAGAUAGAGAGUACCAGCAGAAGUAUUCCAAGCUCAUGGACGCACUCAUUGCUGACGGGUAUGCUGAGCCAGUGCCCUACAUCGUUCACCGUGAUAGUCCCGCUUGGUACAUCCCACAUCAUGGAGUCCAGCAACCUAACAAGCUGAGAGUUGUUUUUGACUGCAGUGCGCAGUACAAGGACGAAUCGCUCAACUCUCCCCUGCUUACAGGACCAGAUCUGACAAAUAAACUGGUAGGAGUGCUCUGCAUAUUCAGACAAGAAAAGAUCUCAUUCAUGUGUGAUGUUCAGGAGAUGUUUCACCAGUUCAGGGUCAUUAACAACCAUAGAGAUUACUUGAGGUUCCUUUGGUGGCCGAGGGGAAACUAUCAUCAACCGCCAGGUGAAUUCCGCAUGAAGGUACAUCUGUUUGGGGCAGGGUCUUCCCCCGGAUGUUCCAACUUCGCACUCAAGCAACUAGCCAGAGAUCAUGUGUCAGAGUUCGGCAGAGAAGUGACAGAUUUUAUACUUCAUGACUUCUAUGUUGAUGAUGGGCUAAGGUCUGUCAAGUCCGAGAAGGAAGCCAUUAACAUGAUAUCCGGAACCAGACAACUCUGUAAGAAGGGAGGUCUCCAUCUACACAAAUUUGUCUCAAAUUCGAGGGAGGUGCUCAACUCAGUACCUGCUGAGGAUCGAGCAAAGGGCAUCAGAGAGGUCAAUCUCCUUCAUGACGAUCUUCCAAUAGAGAGAGCACUGGGAGUGCAAUGGUGCAUCGAGUCAGACUCAUUCAACUUCAGGAUCACGCUUCAAGACAAACCCCUUACCAGAAGAGGCAUACUAUCCACCGUCAUGUCAGUCUACGACCCGCUGGGCUUACUAGCACCUGUCGUGCUGGUUGGCAAAGAAAUCCUGCAGGAACUGUGUAGAGAGUCUGCCGGGUGGGAUGACCCACUUACAGAGGCGCUGAGGGCGAGAUGGGAACGGUGGAGAAAUUACAUGGGAAAUUUGCAGUCACUGUCUAUAAAGAGAUGCUACAAACCUGCUGACUUUGGUGAGGUACAGACGGCCCAGCUGCAUCACUUCUCGGAUGCCAGCACCUGUGGUUACGGCCAGUGUUCCUACUUGAGACUUACCAAUUCCGAGGAAAGAGUACACUGCACGUUAGUGAUGGGGAAGUCUAGAGUUGCACCACUGAAGCCUGUGACAAUACCUCGCCUCGAAUUGACUGCCGCCGUAGUCUCCGUCAGAGUCAGCUCAUUCCUGAGGAAGGAACUUAAUCUCAACUACGAGGAGUUCUUUUGGACAGAUAGUAGUGUGGUUUUGGGAUACAUUGGCAACGAUUCAAAGCGUUUCCACGUUUUCGUCGCCAACAGAAUCAGGCUGAUCAGGGAUGUAUCCUCUCCUUCACAAUGGCGUCAUGUUGACACCAAGGAUAAUCCGGCUGAUGCAGCAUCCCGGGGCUUGACAGUACGCCAACUCAUUGAGACACCGCUGUGGCUUGCCGGACCAGAAAUGCUGUGGAGGGAGAAAAUUCCAAGGUACGAUGAUCAGUCGAGCUUCAAGGUGAGACUAGACGACCCAGAGGUGAAGAAGAGUCAAGCUCUUGCGACCAGUACCAACCAACCUGUCUUCGAGUUUGACCGCUUGAACCGCUUCUCCAACUGGUACCAUGCAAAAAGAGCAGUCGCAAAUUGUCUGCGCUUCGUCUCUCGCCUGAAGAGACGUUGUGUGGUGAAGCAUCGUCCACCAGUUGUAAAUGCAGCCCCAGUACCACCUGUUGAAAAAAACAGUCACGGCUGA